AUAUAAAACCAAACGUUUGAUUGGAAGUUGGAACAAACACCGAUAUAUAUGAUCGAUCAGAACCCAAAAGUGAUUCCUUUCUAGUUAGCUCCAGCCAAUGGCCUCAAAAUCCCAUAAAAACUCCACUACCACUACCACUACCGCCACCGCCGCCUCCACCAUGGACGUCGAGAAAAUAUUCCACAUGAAUGGAGGAGUGGGCCAAACCAGCUAUUACAACAACUCUUCCCUGCAAAAGAAGGGAUCCGACAAGGUGAAGCACGUGACUCUAGAGACCAUAGAACAAGUGUAUGUAUCGACGAAUCCCAGAAGCUUGGGCAUAGCCGACCUGGGAUGUUCCUCGGGGCCCAACACCUUGUCCAACAUUAAAGAAAUAGUCGAAACCGUGGGGAAAACCAGCCGCCACCUUCUCUUGCCGGAGCCGGAGUUUCGGGUGUACCUCAACGAUCUCCCCACCAACGACUUCAACGCCAUCUUUCAGGCGUUGCCGGACUUCUACUGUGAUCUCAAAAAGGAACGCAAUCACGCCGGCCCCUCAAUUUACGUCGCCGCUUACCCUGGCACCUUCUAUGGAAGAAUUUUCCCAGACAAUUCCUUGCACUUUAUUUAUUCCUCCUACAGCUUGCACUGGCUCUCCAAGGUUCCACCAGGACUGUAUGAUGCACAGGGUGAGCCAAUAAACAAAGGAAGCAUAUACAUAACUGAGAGGAGCCCCCCAGAGGUGUCCAAAGCAUAUGUUGACCAAUUCAAUGUGGAUUUCUCAUUGUUCCUUCGUUUGAGGUCUGAGGAACUAAUAGUUGGAGGGAAAAUGGUGUUGAUUUUUCUGGGAAGGGAAACCCCUCUUCAUAUUGAUAGAGGGAACUCUUUCUUCUGGGAACUUCUCACCCAAUCAUUCUCUACUUUAAUAUCCCAGGGCGAUGUGGAAGAGAAGAAGCUCGACUCGUACGAUGUUCAUUUCUAUGCACCAUCGAAGGAGGAUGUAGAAGAGGCAGUGAAGAGGGAGGGGUCGUUUGUGUUGGAGAGGCUAGAGAUGUUCGAGAUAGAGAAGGAAGUAGGGGAUAUCAAUGGUGGUGGGAUGAAGAUGAGCUAUGGGAGGAGAGUUGCCAUGGCAGUGAGGGCAAUUCAAGAAUCAAUGAUGACACACCAUUUUGGAGGGGCAAUAGUAGAGAGCUUGUUUGAGGAGUAUGGAAGAUUGGUGGACCAAGAAAUGGCUAAACAAGAGAUUCAACCCAUCACGUUUGGGGUUGUACUUAGAAAAAUUUGAUGAUUAGGACUACAUUGGCGUGCUCAAACUUUAGUCAUGCUUGAUGGUACUACGUAGCUAGCUAGGUAGGUCGAAUGGCAAUGUGGUGCGUGACUAGGAACGUACAACUUAUGUAAAAAAUUUGUCUCUCGUGAAGUCGUUGGUUAUCUUAUUAUGAAUGCAUAUCUUUUCUUAGUGGUGAA